CCUCCUCCAUCAGCUGAUGACUGCAUAAUAUCAACCCAGAGCUUGGCAGGAAGUGCAUCCUGGUCCUAGCUGGAAUAUGAGGAGAAGAAGCGUCUUUAUACAGAGCAACUGGGACAACGAAUUAAGCUUUUGACGAAAAAACAUUGGGAGAUGGACCGUUAUCAGAGAGGACGGCCAUGGGGAAAGCUAGUCAAAGUGGACUCCAGUGAAACUGUCCUGCUUUUCAACAGAGAAUGCACAGUUGGCAGAAAGAAAGGAUGUUAUCUCUCCUUCCCAGCCAACAAACUGGUCUCAGGGGAGCACUGCAAGAUUGUGCAAGAUGAAAGCUCAGGGCUGGUGUGGCUUGAAGACAUGAGCACUAAUGGCACGGUGAUCAACAUGUCCAAACUGGUCAGGAAGCAAACUCACAUGCUGCAGAACGGCGAUGUCAUCUACUUUGUAUACAGGAAAAGUGAGCCAGAACAAAACAUUGCCUAUGUUUACCACUCAAUCAAAACGGAGCAAGCUUUUUCACAACACAGUUUUGACACGGAGAGGGCAGCCCACAGUCCUGCUCCUGUUCCCCCUUCAGAGAUGUCACUUUCUGUGGAGCCUGUAAUGCUCACAAAGGCUCCUCGGGAUCCAACUAGGGAGGAACCUCAGCCCUCCACUUCCCACUUCUGUAUUGGGAGCCCUUCCACUUCUGGUCCCGUGGCAACCACAGCCUGCCCCGCCUCGGGCCCAGCUAAAGAUGCUGCCCCAGCACAGGAAAAAGACGUGGACAACAUGGAGCCAGAAAGCAAGAGGAGGAAAACUGGUCACGAUAAAGAUUAUGAUUUGGACUUGCCACACACCUCCAGCACAGAAGUAGUCGGGUCAACUAAGGGAAGUCAUUUGUCUAAACCGCCAGUGGAAGGGACUAAGACAGACAAGAUGGAGGAGAGCCUGACGUGUGUUAUUUGCCAGGACCUACUGCAUGACUGUGUCAGCUUGCAGCCUUGCAUGCAUGUCUUCUGUGCCGCCUGCUACUCGGGCUGGAUGGAGCGUUCGUCUCUUUGCCCCACCUGCCGCUGCCCUGUGGAGAGGAUUCGUAAGAACCACAUCCUCAACAACCUGGUGGAGGCCUACCUCAUCCAGCACCCAGAAAAGUGCCGCAGUGAUGACGACCUGAAAAGCAUGGACAGCCGUAACAAGAUAACUCAGGACAUGUUGCAACCAAAAGUGGAGCGCUCUUUCUCAGAUGAAGAGGGCAGUUCCGAUUACCUCUUUGAGCUCUCUGACAAUGACAGUGACUCCUCAGACAUUAGUCAGCCUCUAGUGAUUUGCAGACAGUGUCCUGACUACAGGAGGGAGGUCAGUCAGGUGAUGUUUGCUACAGGUUCCAACUACUGGCUCCCUCGUCUGCCAGCUCCACUGUCUAUACCUCCUCCACCCAAACCAGCAACUGAGGAGGGGUCUGCAAAGCCCACAGGGGAGCAGCCCUCAACAUCCUUUGACAUCCUCUCAGCUCCUCAGGAGUACCGCUGCCUCCCUCAAGGCUUCCAUCUCAUGUGCCACUGCUGCCUCCAGCCAAUGCCAGACAGACGGGCCGAGCCAAACAGCGAGCAGGUUAUUGCUCAACAAUGUGUGAUGUGCCAGCAACCCUUCUGUCACAUGUACUGGGGCUGCCAGAGGAUUGGCUGUCAAGGCUGUCUGGCUCGAUUCAGUGAGCUCAAUCUGACAGACAAAUGCCUGGAUGGUGUGCUGAACAACAAUAACUAUGAAUCAGAGAUCCUCCAGAACUACCUGUCCUCCAGAGGGAAGUCAUGGAGAGAUCUGCUCCAGGAGUCUCUGCAGAACUUACAGCAGGGAGACUACUAUCUGUCAGAUUGUCGCAUCUCUCCAAACGCCAUCCUGUGUUUCUGCUGCGGCCUGCGAGCGUUUAAGGAACUGGCCUACAAGUACAGACAGAACAUCCCUGCAUCUGAACUGCCAGCUGCUGUAACAUCUCGUCCCGACUGUUACUGGGGACGUAACUGCCGGACGCAGGUCAAGGCGCAUCAUGCAAUGAAAUUCAACCACAUAUGUGAGCAGACACGUUUCAAGAGCUGAAGGAGCCGAGUGGUUUGUUUCUCCACCUACAGCGUCAAACGUAGAUAACCGAGCGUCUCAUAGACACGCUCUCGUUAGGUCUCAUCGUGUCCAUUCAUUGUUACUGCCUUCCAGAUGUUAUGCAAUAACCUAACGCAGAAAUUACAAUCAGUAUCCAUUUACAAUAGUGACCGGUGUCUUACCUGACACGGGGCUGUAUGGAAUAAUGCUAUGCACAAUAACAUUAAAGUUAAAUGUUUCCUUGA